AUGUCAGAUGAUCCGAAGGGAAAGAGCUUCCCUGACGUGUCGGCCAAGCUCUCCGCGCUUCCCAAGAAAUCGUUGUUCGAGCGCCAAAAGGCCGAGGCAGAAGCCAAGCGGGCCCGUGAAAAAGCCGAGACAGCUGCGGUAUAUGAAGACUUUGUCAAGUCAUUUGAGGACGAUGUCCCGACUGGCCCAAAGUCCUCCGAUGGACGACUUAACUCUUUCGGAAGCAGGGGUGGUGGGCUGGGCGGGCCUUCAAAGCGACAUUUCCCAGCAUCUGCGUCACGAAACAGUGGCCCGGGAACCUUAGGACCGCCUCCAUCUUCGCUUUCUCGCAAACGUACCCACGAAGGAUUUGCACCCUCUCAUCGCGACCAACCCAGAUUCGACACGGCGCAUGGCGGCCUAUCUGGACCGGCAUCUGCAUUUCGUGAUUCUGAAGCUGACAGAGUUGCCGAAGAGGCAGAGAGGGCAGCUUCAAAACCUACGUUACAUCUCGCAUCUCUCCCUCCUGGAACAUCACCGUCAGUCAUCAAGGCAUUAAUCCCCUCCGCUCUCAGUGUGGACAACGUGAAAAUUCUACGCCCACCCAGCCAAUCUCCAACUGAACGACGAUCCUCAUCCGCGAUUGUUACCCUGACUAGCGAUGCAGCAGCCUCGGAUAUCGACACCACCGUGAGCACACUCCAGAACAGAUACCUUGGCUGGGGAUACUACUUAACUCUCUCCCGACAUCUCUCUUCUGCUGCAAUCGGUUCAAAUGUACCAAUUCCUAUCGGUGUUUCCUCAACCGCUUCUCUUCCUUUUGGUGCGAAAACCAUUCAGCCGACUUUAGGGGGAACAUUGAGUCGAGCUCCACCCCCAGGGUCACACCGUGGAGGAUUCGCACCUCCCAGUUCAUAUGGACCUCCCGCUGGAAGAACUGGACCUUCCACCCAGGUGGAAGUAAAAGCACCAUCAGAUAUCAAACAACUGAGACUCAUACAUAAGACCCUGGAAAAUCUACUGAACCACGGCCCAGAGUUUGAGGCGUUAUUAAUGAGUCGACCUGAGGUCCAACGCGAAGAAAAAUGGGCUUGGCUAUGGGAUGCAAGGACGACCGGUGGUGUAUACUACCGCUGGAAGUUAUGGCAGGUUGUCACCAACCCGCGCGCUGGAAAGGCCCAAACACAUAAACAGACAGCCGUAUUUGAAGGCGGACCAAAUUGGGCACCCCCGAAGGGCGAUUUGAAAUACGAAUACACCACCCGUCUCGAUGAGUUUGUUUCAGACGAGGACUACAACUCUUCCGACGAAGAGCAUUCAGAUGGCGAAGACGAGAGGCGCAACUUGAGUGGAGCACCUCCUGAUGGAGCAAAUUCGCACAGUGAUGGUCUUGGGUACAUGAAUCCUAUGCGGAAAGCCAAGCUCACGCACCUUCUCGCACGACUCCCAACUAGUCAUGCAAGACUAAGACGAGGCGAUGUUGCCCGAAUCACCGCAUUUGCUAUCGAACAUGCCGGAGCGGGAGCAGAUGAGGUUGUCGAUAUGAUUGUUCUGAACGUUCUCCACCCCCUUGCCUACACAGGGGCCAAUCCAAACCGUGAAUUGGAGAAGAGUUCUGCGAGGUCUGAAAUUGCGGCCAAGGAUAACCAUGCCACAGCGAAAGAAGCAUUGGAUGUAUCCGCAUCUAAGCUAGUCGGACUCUACAUCAUUUCUGAUAUUCUCUCAUCAUCAGCCACCAGUGGCGUUCGCCAUGCAUGGCGUUACAGACAACUUUUCGAAUCUGCUCUCCGCUCCCACAAGGUCUUGGAGCACCUUGGCCGACUAGACAAAGAUCUCAGCUGGGGUCGCCUCAAAGCAGAGAAGUGGAAGCGCAGCGUUGGUACACUUCUUCACCUAUGGGAAGGAUGGUGUGUGUUUGCACAAUCAAGUCAAGAGCACUUCGUUCAAGUAUUUGAAAAGCCACCACUCACCGAGAGUGAAAUACAAAAAGAGAGAGAAAAGGCUGAGGCGGAGCGAGCCGCCGCUGUCGUUGCAAAGGCCAAGAGCCGGUGGAAGACCGUCGAUGACGACGAAAUAGCCGGCAAAUUCGAUCCUACACGGCCUGCACCAGAAGAAAGCCAUUCUACUGUUGAUCUCGCAGAGGACGUUUUGAUGAGUGACAUUGACGGCGUGGCAAUGGAAGACAGCGACCUGGAAGAAGUUGAUAGUAUCCCGAUGAACAAGGAGCAUCCUCCAAGCAGCGACGACACUCAAGACCAGCCACCCCAGAAACCACCACAAGUAUCUCAAGUUUCUGAGCAGCCCGAGCAACCGGCUGGGAAGCAGGAACCAGAGGGAAGACAGCGAAAGCCACGUCCCAAAGCUGAAGACAUGUUUGCUUCAGAUUCGGAGUAA